AUGCUUGUUCAUCGUUUGCACACCGUACCAACGCUCCUUGGAAAGGCUGGAAAGCGAAGCUUCUCGUUACUAUCGACACAUGAUACUCUUCCUGCUACCUUGUACCGGUUCCAGUUCGGGCGCCAUGCAGCGCUCUUUGACGAAAAUCAGCAGCCAGCUGGUUGGUCAAAAGAUGCCGUGAGGAUAUCAGAGUCACUUCUGGAUUGUAUUAACAUAAUUAAACUACGGGCAGAUUCCAAUGGUCCAGUGUUCAUGCCUAACACCCGCACAAUGCAGCAAAUGCUGAGAUAUGAUUUCAAGCGCUAUGAAGAAGAUGUGGAAGAUGGGAAGUCUGUCAUUUGUCCCCUAAUUUUGCAUAUCGAUCGAGGCAUAGUCCGGUCUGACAAGAUUCGAGGGACCCUUAUUCCUUCCUGUCUAACGCUUUGGCGUGAAGGAACGACUCGCUUUUCCUUUCAGCCUAAAAUUCCUCUCCAAUUAGACGGUAUGCAAGAACAUAGCGUAGUAGCUAAUAUCGUGGAUUCAGAAUUCAACAAAGAACUAGACAACUUUUACGGACAGUCUGCAAUCUACCUCGAGGUUAAACAGUGGAUUGAAACUCAUCCGUACAAAGAAUCCGCCGCAGAUGAAGAAAUGACGUGGAUGCAUGUGUGA